AUGAAACCACUAUGCCUGAUCAUGGGCCUUUUGGCUCUUGCAACAUGUUUCUUGCCCACUGAGAGUCACAGUGGUCCCAGGAGACAAUAUCCUUCUAGGCCACUGCCGCCUCCUCCUCCUUUUGGUCUAGGAUUUGUUCCACCCCCUCCUCCACCUUAUGGCCCUGGAAGAAUUCCACCCCCUCCUCCACCUUAUGGCCCUGGAAGAAUUCCACCCCCUCCUCCACCUUAUGGCCCUGGAAGAAUUCCACCUCCUCUUCCACCCUAUGGCCCCGGAAGAAUUCCACCUCCUCCUCCACCUUAUGGCCCAGGUUAUUCAUAUCUACCUUUCCAACCAAGGCCUUAUCUGCCUGGAUCUCCAUUCAUCCCACAUAUUCCCUUUAUUCCUGUACCCCAAAUACAAACUACAACAGGCUCCAUUACAACCACAACAGAUGCCACUACCACCCAAACAGACUCCACCAUCCCCACAACUACUGCUUCGACUGCCCAGAAGACAACCACUGCUUCGACUGCCCAGAAGACAACCACUGCUUCGACUGCCCAAAAGACAACCACUGCUUCGACUGCCCAGAAGACAACCAUCACUUCAACUGCCCAAAAGACAAGUCAGCAGAACUUUUUAGAUAAACUUAUUUCAUUUUUUGGAUGA